AUGUCCCAGGAUCAUUUGCAAGAUUUCAUUGGCGACUGGAACACGAGGACUGUUGAUAUGGAGGCCGCUGGGAGACGAGUGUUGGUUGAUCUUUCAAAGACAACCAUGGCGGUGGAGGUGAUAUUGUCAUGUCUGCAGGACGGGUUCAGCCUCGAGGCUUCAACAACACCUGGUAUUACGUGGUUACCUGCUUCAAUCACCGACCUCAAUUGCACUGGUCUCGGACCCAUCAUCGUCCGACGGUUGAUCCUCAUCAGGCCAGCUAAACUUGACAAGUGGGAACGGGCCUCUGAGAACUCGUGGUCUUUGCCCUGA